GGCCGCUUCCCCACGUGCAUUGUAAUCUUCCGGUUCAGGACGGGACUUCCGGUUCUCAGGUGUCAGAGCUGCUGCGACCGGGAGGUGAGUGGCGCUGAGCGAGGGCCCGUGUAAGCGGCACUGAGUGCGGUGCAGAAUGGGGGUCGGGGGGUUCCUGAAGACGCAGUUUGUGGUCCAUCUGCUGAUCGGAUUCGUCUUUGUGAUAAGCGGCCUCGUCAUCAACUUCCUGCAGCUCUGCACCCUCCCCCUAUGGGGCGCCAACACGCAACUGUACCGCCGCAUCAACUGCCGCCUGUCCUACUCGCUGUGGAGCCAGCUGGUGAUGCUGCUGGAAUGGUGGUCCGGCACGCGGUGCACCCUCUUCACAGACCAGGAGACGGUGAAGCAUUUGGGGAAGGAACACGUCAUCGUCAUUCUCAAUCACAACUUUGAAAUCGAUUUCUUAUGUGGCUGGACCAUGUGCGAACGCUUCGGAGUGCUGGGGGUGAGUGCGCCGGUGUCACGGAUCCAACCCAACUGGGCCUGCUCUACCUGUCCUAUAGGAUGGCCCCUCCCUCCCCCCUCGUACCUGUCCUAUGGGGACUGUGAGGGGUCAUGUGACAUUGAUCUGCUCUGUCUGCAGUUCUUGCUGUACUGCGAGGGGACGCGCUUCACCGAGACCAAGCACAAGAUCAGCAUGGAGGUGGCAGAGAAGAAAGGUCUGGCUCAUCUGAAAUAUCAUCUCCUCCCCCGGACCCGAGGAUUUACCACGGCGGUGCAGUGCCUCCGAGGGACAGUCUCGGCGGUGUACGAUGUGACAUUAAACUUCCGUGAAAACAAGAAUCCGUCCUUGCUGGGAAUACUGUACGGGAAGAAAUACGAGGCGGACAUGUGUGUGAGACGUUUCCCUCUGGAAGAAAUACCUGAAGAUGAGAAGGAAGCGGCAAACUGGCUUCACAAGCUCUACCAGGAGAAGGAUGCUCUUCAGGAACGGUACAUCCAGGAGGGCGCCUUUCCGGGCCCCCAGUUUGUCCCGCCCCGUCGGCCAUGGACCCUCCUGAACUUCCUCUUCUGGGCCACGCUCCUCCUCUCGCCGCUCAUCUCAUUUGCGAUUGGCAUCUUCUCCAGCGGCUCGCCGCUCCUCAUCCUCUCCUUCCUCGGCUUCAUGUGGACGGCCUCCUUUGCCGUCCGGCGUCUCAUCGGGGUGACGGAGAUCGAGCGCGGGUCCAGUUACGGGAACAGCGAGGCCAAGAAGAGGGACUAGCGGCGCGCGGCGCGCACUGAAGAGGCGUCACGGACUUUUCUCUGGAUUUAUAUUUCUUACUAACGUCAACUGAGGGGGAGGGAACGCCUUUCCGGCCAAUCGUCAGGGAGCGGCGCAACCAGCCAAUAGGAAUCUGCCAUCUGUGUGCGAGGAACCCCAACGUACCGCUCGCCCACCACCACCGCAGGCUGCGCUACCCCCUUAUCUCCGCCUUGCGCGCCAUCAUGCCCCGCUGCUGGAUCUGUAUUACC